GCGGUGUACCCAGUUUACUGCCCGACGAUAGCUGAGAUAGGCUCCAGCACGCUCGCCACCUCGGUGCCUCGGAUGGAUUUUGGGUUUUGUUCACAUCAAUUGUUGGGUGCUGCCAACGAGCACUCACACAUUGAAGAUCCCUAGUUGUUACGAUGAAAUACGUGCCAUUUAUAUUCAAAAAUGUGAAAUCUAAAUGCAUCUGUUUGGCGUAAAAUACUUGUUGGGGUUAAUUAGUGAUUUCGCUAUUUCCGAUUACCUUUAACGCAAAAUAACUAUUUCCAAUUGCCUUUAACGCAGCACGCGUGACGUAGGCUGCAGGAAGUGCUUGCCGAAGUCGCGCUUUUCAGUGAUUUUUUUUCCAGUUACACUAUCGUUUCAGCUCUUUUGCCCUACGUUACUACAUGUAGCUACCAAAAUGUAUUUAAACAUGAAUAAAAAUGUAUUUUGAGAGCAACAUUAAGCAGCUCGAUUUGCCUUUGUAGAGAUGGAGGAUCCGCUCAUGGAUCUGGUGCCACCUGAGGAGUAUGUUGUUCUCUGGAGCUUUACUGGGCGUUGCAGUGAAGAGCAGCUUAGUAUCAGCAAAGGAGACCAACUGAUGGUCCAUGCCAAGAUUACCCCAGAGUGGUGGUGGGCUGAGCUGCGAGGGGUCUUUGGUUAUGUCCCUGCCAACUACCUCAGCCAGGGAGCCUCAGAAGAGGAGGAGGAGGAGGACGCAUGGCAGGAUGAGGAGUACUAUUCCACCUACGGAACACUGAAUCUUCACUUGGAGAUGUUGUCAGACAAGAGCCGCACAGAGACGUACAGGCGAGUCAUCGUCGACAACAGUGCUUCUCUGCACAGGAAGGUUGUCAUGGACCUCGGCUGCGGGACCGGCAUUAUGAGUCUGUUCUGCGCUCAGCUGGCACAACCGGCAGCGGUGUAUGCCGUGGAGGCCAGCUCGAUGGUGGAGCACACCAGGGAGCUGGUGAAGCAGAACGCAUGCGAGGAGGUGGUCACAGUCCUGCAGGGACGGGCCGAAGAGAUCCAACUACCCGAGCAGGUGGACGUUCUUGUGUCCGAGUGGAUGGGCAACUGCUUGCUGUUUGAGUUCAUGGUGGAGUCUGUCCUGCUGGCCAGGGACCGCUGGCUGAGGGAAGGUGGCAUGAUGUGGCCCUCGUCCGCAGCCCUCACCUUGGUGCCAUGUCAAGCCCACCAAUACUACAGCGAGAAAAUGGCUUUCUGGGAAAAGCCCUACGGCCUGGACUUCACCCCGCUUCAGCCUCUUGCACUGCAGGAGUUUUUCGCCAAGCCCAAGUUCAGUCAUUUGAUGGAGCCAGGCGACCGCCUCGCCUCUCCUGCCGAUGUCAUCUGUUUGGACAUGCAUACGCUGCAGGUGGCAGACCUGGAGGAAAUGCAGGGCAAGUUUCAGUUUCGUCUGGACAAGUCUGGUGUGUUCCACGGCUUCACCGCCUGGUUCAGUGUUUGCUUCAACAGCCUGGAGGAGGGCGGCGCGCCAGUGGAGCUGAACACUGGACCUGACUCAGAGCCGACACACUGGAAGCAGACUUUGUUCAUGCUGGAUGAGCCCGUCAGUGUGCAUGCCGCCGACCGCAUUAGUGGAAGCAUUAUUCUGCGAAGGAACCCUGUGUGGAGGCGUCACUUGACUGUCACCCUCCACUGGGACAUCAGUGGCCACACACAGGAGGCGGCCACCUGCCAGGCUGGUAUGAAGAGCUUCCCGAUGUGGCGCUGACAGCUUCUCACCAUCUGGCACAAAUGCUUGCCUGCUGAGUUUCUGGGUCUUUGGGAUCAGCCUCCAGUUGGUACAGGCCACUAAGUGGAAGAGGGUUCCCAGAACUUAUACGUGACAUUUUCAGUGACGACCUAGUCACAGGCACGGAUUACGAAACCUUAGAAGUAAAUUUUAGACAUGCAUUUUUUUUAUUUUGAAGAGUCUUACAAACUCUUAUGACUACAAUAGUGGAACAUCCACUGAAGAGUCUUACAAAUUCUUACAAAUACAAUAGUGGAACCUCCAAAGCUGAUCACAGUCCAUUUAGUCAACCUCAGAUUUUCUUGUUUUCCCCAUC